AUGGGUCCCUCCACCCCCAGGAAAGGGAAGGAGGCGAAGCCCUCGAAGGGCAAGAGCGCGGCGGCAGCCAAGGCCGCCGAAGAGAAAGAGCUGAAGAAACAAGAGAUGCGGGCCACACUUGCCUUCUUCCGACCCGGCUACAACGGCGAGGCGGUGGGCAAGCUCCAGCACACCGUUGCCUCGGACUUCAACGAUCACGGGAAGACCCUGAUCUUCCCCGCCGGCGCCGUCGUCCAGUCCACCGACUUCCGGGUGUUCGGGCACUUCAUCCUCACAGGAUUGAUCAAGGCCUUUCGGCUAGCCGGGCUCGCCGACCUAGACGUGGCACGGGUCUUCAUCACCCGACGCAUCGCGCCGCUUCAGCGGCGUUCCCUCCUCGCGUGCGCGUACACGGGGGCCGGAGACAGGACGCGCCUCCGCGAGGAGGGCAUGGACAAGGAGUCGCUCCAGGUGUGCGUGAGGGGGAUCUCCGGCGAGGAUGCUCCCUACGCGAAGUUGCCGCCGGGGGUCUUCGCCCUCAACGCCGGCGUCCCCCGACUUGAGCAGCAUCAUUGGCUCCUUCCCACCCUGCAAAGAGUGGGGGCUGAUGGACGAUUCCCCCACUCAGUCCCUGCGCUCCCCUCCGCCCGCACCCCACGGGAAGCAGGCGCAGGAGGAGAGCGGGAGCGAGUCGGAGGCCGGCCUGCCCACGACUCGUCCUCCGAUGACGAGACGGGCCGGGUCGCCGCUGCCCGGGAAGUCAUCCCCAUGGACGAGGAGGAGGACGACGUCGGUGCGCCCCUGAUCGUGCGCAGAUCAAGGGCGCGCGCAGCGGUCGCGGCUACGUCCACGGCGGCUGCGGCGGCAACUGCCCCCGCGGUGGCCACCGGCUCCAUGACGGGGACUACCUCAACGGCGUCCGACGGCACCCCAACAGCGACCAGCCCCGCCGCGGUAGCCGGCGCCGCGGCGGCGACCACCCUGGCGGCGACCGCCAGCGACCCGGUGACGACUACCCCAGCAGCAGUUGCCGGGGCCGCGACGGCAGACACACCCGCAGUGGCCCCCGGCGACACUCCGCCCACAACAGACCCCCUGGCGACACUUGCCAGGACGGAGGAGGAGGGGGAGGCUCCCCCCACAAGCCCAGUGGCCCCGCAAGGCCCAAGCGUGCCCGCACCGGAAGCAGGUGUUACAGUGACUGACCUCGACUCCGACGUCGUGAUCACGGGGACGGCGAAGGAGCCGGAGGCAGCCCCCGCGACAAGCCCUGCUGCGCCGGCGGCCACGGCAGCGGCAACUACGGUUGCCACCGGAACGGCGCCCGGCGACGUGCCAGCGGCCGCAGACGCCGCCGGCGCGGAUUCUUCCGCUACCCAGCAGGAGGCGGCCCCUGCCGUGGGCAUGGAGGAGGAGCAGCAGGAUGCUUCGCCGCAAGCGAACGACCCCCCGCCCAGCCAGACGGUGGCGGCGGGGGCUUCGUCGUCAUCGGCCGCCACCGUGAGGGAGCACCACAAGAUCGCUAAGAGCCAGCUCGGCGAGGUGCGACUGGCUGCGGAGGAGGAGCGGCAGGAACUCUCCUGGCUACGGGAGAAGACACGCCUCGCCAGGGAGGAAGUGCGCCUCGCCCGGGAAGCCCUGGAAGAGGCCACCACGCCGGUCGUCCUCGAAGAGGAGCUCUACCGGCGACUGGAGGCCCAGCGCGCUGAGCUCCAGGAAACCCUGGACUCGCUGAAGGCGGCGCAGGCGAAGGCUGAGGAGGAGCACAGAAAGGCGCUCGCCAUGGCCCAGGCCCGCCUUGACGAGAAGAGCGACCUGAUCACCAGCUACGCCGGCCAGAUCCAGGGCCUGCGCGUCAAGCUGGAGGUGUAG